UCGUGGUCUGCCGAUUUCAUAGAAGGAAAGGGCGCUGGACAGAUUGUUCUGCUGCAUGGCCCACCUGGAGUUGGCAAGACAUAUACCGUUGGUACGACUACGUGCAUUGCAGCAUGGCUUGAGAGACCCCUGCUAUCUCUCACGGUCGCUGACAUAGGCACUGUCGAGACGAGCGUUGAAUUUGAGCUGGUGAAAUGGUUCAGGCUUGCUGAAGCAUGGAAUGCGAUACUGCUCGUUGACGAAGCAGAUAUUUUACUCGAGCAGAGAAAAAAUCGUGGCCUCGCGAGGAAUGGACUCGUGUCAGCGUUCCUCCGGAGGAUGGAGUACUUUCGCGGCAUGCUUUUCCUGACUACAAACCGCGUCGGGCAGAUCGAUGAUGCCUUCAUGUCCAGAAUCCAUGUCGCCAUCGGCUACGAAAGCCUCACUCCAGAGAUACGUCGUAAGGUCUGGACAAGCUUCUUCGACAAGCUGGAGAGAGAACGAGCAGACAAGAUCGUCAUUGGGGAAAAUGCGAAGAAGUACGUUUUGGAAGACAAAGGUGUGCAGAACAUCAAUCUCAACGGCCGCGAGAUCCGCAAUGCUCUUCAGACGGCGAUAACAAUGGCCGAACACGAAUGUCUGGCCAAGAAGAAGCCCUCAGGCUCAGGCUUGGUCUUCGUGGAAGAGGGACAUUUCCGCCGAGUGUUGAGACUGAGCGAAAAGUUUCACACCUACAUUACGAAGAUUCGGAUGGAGGACGAG